AUGAGACCCGGGCCCCCCGCUUUCUGUAGAGUGCAAGUUGCCAACGGGCGUUAUGGAUCUCCUGCCGAAAACCAAGUACAACCACCUGCGCAACGAGUCCGUCAGCUCGGUGGAGGAGGCUCUGGGGACGCCGGCUUCCUCCGUGGACAUCAUGGUGGCCGAGUCUUUGCCCAACUCGGCCUCCUCUUCCUCCCUCGCCCCCAUGUUACCCCUGGCUGAGCUCUCUCCUCGGAGUCCGGAGGACAGUCCCACCACCCUCUGCUCCUUCUUCCCCAAAAUGGCCAACCUGAAGCUCUCCAACCCGGCCAACCUCCUGAACCUGCGCAGCUUCUCCUCCGGGGCGGGGAAGGAGACGGGCAGCCCGGGGGAGACGGCCGACAAACGCUGAGAGCCCCGACUUAGGGGAGGACUUUUACUGUUUUUCUCUCUCAGGAUAUGAACAAGCUGAGCUGCGGGAGGAAGUCCCGGGUGGAAGGAGGACAACUGGCGGGAGACGAGUGGACCCGGCAUGGCAGCUUCGUCAACAAGCCCACCCGGGGGUGGCUUCACCCCUGCGAUGACAAAGUGAUGGGCCCCGGAGUCUCACCUACCUCGUCCGGUACAUGGCUGUGUGAGGUUCUGCAGUCGAUGCGCGCUCUGGACUUCAAUACCAGGGACACAAGUCACAAGGUGGGUCUGCUGGUCAUGGUGAUCUCCUCCGAUCGGUCUGGUUGUGUCUCGCAGACGGGAGGCCGCGCCCUCAACUCCAUCCUGGGGAAGUGCAACCUGAAGUUUGCUGGGAUGCCGAUCACCCUCACCGUGUCCACCAGCAGCCUCAACCUCAUGGCUUCCGACUGCAAGCAGAUCAUCGCAAAUCACCACAUGCAGUCCAUAUCCUUCGCCUCCGGGGGAGAUCCGGACACAGCAGAGUAUGUAGCUUACGUUGCCAAAGAUCCAGUGAAUCAAAGAGCCUGCCACAUAUUGGAGUGCCCUGAGGGCCUCGCCCAGGAUGUGAUCAGCACCAUCGGACAGGCCUUUGAACUUCGCUUCAAACAAUACCUCAAAAACCCCCCAAAAUUAGUGACUCCCCAUGACAGGAUGGCCGGUUUUGACGGCUCCGCGUGGGACGAGGAAGAGGAGGAGCUUCCAGACCACGCCUACUACAACGAUUUUCCAGGCAAAGAGCCGCCACUCGGCGGGUGGUGGACAUGAGGUUACGGGAGGGAGCGGCUCCUGCUGUCCCGAGGCAAAGCCCCAACCACAUGGGGGCCACGCUGCCAGUGGGGCAGAUCACCGGGGCGGAGCAGGACCCACGGAAGCUGCAGCCACAGGCCUCUGUGCAAGGUAAGGAGCGUUUCCCGUACCGGGCGCCAAGCCCCUGAAUCGGCCUGACCUCUUCGAUGACCCUUCAUAUGUCAACGUCCAGAACCUGGAGAAGUCCCGGCAGCCGCUGCGAGGGACCACCAACGGCCAGAGGGACAUCUUUGACAUGAAGCCAUUUGAAGAAUCUCUUCCCCCGGGCCAGCCCAUCGUCAGCAUGGAGGAGCAGCUGAAGCGGGAGCCGUGGUAUCAUGGGAAGGUGACCCGGAAGGAGGCAGAGAGGCUUCUACGAGUCAAUGGAGACUUCCUAGUAAGAGAGAGCACCACCACCCCGGGGCAGUACGUCCUGACCGGCCUCCAGAAUGGGCAGCCGAAACACCUUCUGCUGGUGGAUCCGGAGGGAGUGGUUCGGACUAAGGACCACCGCUUUGAGAGCGUGAGCCACCUCAUCAGCUACCACAUGGACAAUCACUUACCCAUCAUCUCCGCCGGGAGCGAGCUGUGUCUUCAACAACCCGUGGAGCGGAGACAGUGA